UGGCUGUCUCAAGAGGACGACGAUGAAAACAUCUCGGAGGGAUAUGGAGGGAUGCAGGAACCCCCUGCAACUCCAGUCGCACGUGACGAGUUGGCCUUGAGGCGGCACAGGUUUUUCUCAGACUUGUUACAAGCAACGAAAAAUUCUGCUGAACACAGAGUGAGCUUCGACCCUCUGGGACCCACAGUUCAUCUCGGUUGCGAGAGUGAUGAGAGAGACGAGCACUUGGAGGAAUUGGUGACACGACUUGAAAACGUGACGAGACGUCUCGAAAGAGUACCACAGGGAACUCCUGAGACACAAGAAAUUGCAGUACAAACGAAAACUCCAUCGCCGGAAAAAUCGCCAUCGCCAAAAAAAUCAUUAAAGGACAGUAUCUCAUCUGAGGAUCAGUGCUCACAGGGUUCAACAUCAUCAAUAUCUUCCGCUGCAUCUUCAAUCGUUGAAAUCAACAACAUGUCAGUUGCUGGUUAUGAAGAUAUUGUUGCGGGUCCAGUUCAGGAGUUUUUGGCCUUGAGUCAAAAAAUCGGGGGCGAUGUCAACGCUCACAGUCAACUGGUGGAUAAGGCCUUCCAAAUUCAAUUGUCCUUCAUAAAAAUGACAUCCACUCGACCAGCGCCAGUGAAUCAGACCGAACAAGUGUCACUCCUUGGACCAACUUCGACCCAAAUUCAACAAAUUCAGGAAUUCCGUGAUAAACACAGGGCAUCGCCUUUCUUCAAUCACUUGUCGGCAAUUAGCGAAAGUAUCCCAGCAUUAGGAUGGGUCGCAGUGGCCCCGACGCCGGCGCCCUACGUCAAAGAAAUGAAUGACGCUGGACAAUUUUACACGAAUCGUGUUCUAAAGGAUUGGAAGGAAAAAGACAAAACACAUGUUGAUUGGUGCAAAGCGUGGAUACAGGUGUUGUCGGAGUUGAAUCAAUAUGUGCGAAAACAUCAUACAACGGGACUGGUGUGGGCAAAAGGUGGUGCAGUUCCUCCACCUCCAGCAGGUGUACCUCCACCGCCACCCUGUAUGCCACUUGGUGAUGUUGCACCGGUUUUAAAUGACGAUCGUAGCGCACUUUUUGCCGAGAUCAAUCAGGGCGCAAAUAUCACUAGAAAUUUGAAGAAAGUAACGUCCGAAAUGCAGACACACAAGAAUCCCAAUCUAAGGACUGGUCCAGCACCAUUUAAAGCACCAGCAACGGCCAAUUCUGGUUCUCCAAUGAAAACCACGUUACCAGCAAAUGCUCCCAUUGAUAAACCACCAGUUUUUACACGCGACGGCAAAAAAUGGCUUGUGGAAUAUCACAAGGGCAAUAAGAAUUUACUGGUGGAAAAUGCGGAAAUGAAUAACGUCAUUUACAUGUUCCGCUGUCAAGAGAGUACGUUAGUUGUCAAGGGAAAAGUGAAUUCUGUCGUUAUGGAUUCAUGCAGAAAAUCUUCCGUCAUUUUUGAUUCGCUCGUCUCAAGUAUUGAGUUUGUCAAUUGUCAAAGUGUACAAAUGCAGGUAUUCGGAAAAGUUCCAACAAUUUCCGUUGAUAAGACUGACGGAUGUCAAAUGUAUCUAAGUCCAGAUUCGAUGGAUGUAGCAAUAAUUUCUAGUAAAUCGAGUGAAAUGAAUGUUAUGAUCCCGAAAGGAAAUGGAGAUUAUACUGAAUUGCCAGUACCGGAACAAUUUAAAACGACUGUUAGUCCCAAGGGCCUCUCUACAGUUGCUAUUGAUUCAUUGGGCUAAACAAAUUUUUUAUUCGCUGUUUUGUAGUCUAAAGAAAUCCGACUCUAAUUUAAAACAAAACAAAAAAAUUAAUUAGCGAUACGAUUUUUCGAUAUCACCAUAGCAUGAUAUGUAAUUUAUUUUCAUUUUUAAUUAAGGCUUUACGAGAUUAAAGAAAAACUCGUAGAUAGAUUUAUAAAACAAAGGACUGACUUUUGGUCUUUUUUUAAAAUGAAAUUUAUUAAUAUUAAUUUUUUUUGCGAUUUAAGAGCUUUUUUCAGAAGAUUGCCACUUUAGUAAUGAAUUUUUGGAAUGAAAUUGUCAUAAUUAAUGAAGCAAAAAAGAAAAGAAAAAACACUUUCGUAAAUCGUAGAUGCUAAAAACUAGACAAUUUUUUCUCUUUAGCGAGAAUCAUUUUUUAAUUGUGAAAAACUUAGUGUGAGGGAAAUAAUAGAUUUGUUUGCUCGCAAGUAAGAAUUUUGUUUUUGUGAACGAGAUAUUCCGCCUAAUAUAAUAUUUGCUCAAAAGGAAGCAAAUUGUACUUGUUAGUACAAUAGAAAAAAAGGUGUUCAAUGCGGUCUGACAAAAGUUGAAUUAUUCUCUUCCCGCACUUUUAUACAUUUACACAAUUUUCUAUAUUGUAUCGUAAUCCAAAAACUUUUGUUCAGACUCGCAAUUUUUCGAAUUGAAGACCUUUUCGCCCUGGAAUUGUUUUAAAUGUUUCAUUUUUUUUAUAAAAAAAAUUGAUUAGUGCACACCAAGUGGCUUUUUAAAAAGAAACGAAAAUGAAUUGAAAUUGUCGGACAAUUCGACAUAAAAAAAAUUGUAAAUUAACACUCGACAUUGUAAAAAUAAAGAACGAUUAAUCGAAUUAAUAAUAAAUAACCAACGAAUAAUACGAGAAAUAAAUAAAUAAAUAAUUAACGAUAAUUGUAACAGAUUAUAAUCAAAUUGUGAUUAUAAUAAUUGUUCUUAAAUAGUGUUUAGCGAAAAAACUAAUAAUUAUUGUUUUUCUUACAAUAUCGAGUGUUAUUUUUCUUAUUGGCAUUCUAGCAAUUUUUGUAGAGUUCGAUCAUCAGGGAACUUUUGUUCCACACAUUUACAUUGCGAAUCGUUAUUUCGAUAUUAAAAUCGAAGCAUUGUAUACUGAGAACUGAUAGAAUUGUACCUAUCUCGCAAUUAGAAUUAAAAAUUUUUUUCUACUUUUUUUCUGUUUGAUUACAAAUUAGAUAGCGGGAAUUAAUAUUGCUUGAAUGCAACAAAAAAAAAAAACAUUACAAAUAUAUUGUAGUGGCUUCCUUAUUUUUAAAAAAUAAUUUUUUAAAUUGAAAUUUUAACGUAUGCAUUUUAAAUUUAAUUUGAGAGCUUUUGGAAUUCUUUUUUUCUAAAAUCAUAUCUAGAUAGAAUACUACCAUCUGUUUCGGUGCGAGCAAAGGUCAAAAGAAAAAUGAGAGGAAAAUAAUAAUGAGCAGGAAAUAUCGAUUAAUUAUUAAUAUUAAUCGAAAUUAUUCUAAUCUAGCGAAAUAAUCACUGUAAAGUGAUUCUUUUUCGCAAUAUUGCGAGUUUCCUAGAGAAAAAAAAUAAUGAAGAUUAGAUUAGCGGAAAAAGAAUGAAGUAACAGAUCAAAAAAAAGAAAAAAAAAGUAAAGAGAAUGGGUUUCGACUCGAUAUUAAAAAUAUUGACAGAGUUUUAAAGGAAAUAAUUUUAAAUAUCCUUUUUAAAUUCCAGUAAAGUCUCCAAUAAAAUGUUCAGCCUUUGUUUUUCUUUGUGAAGAGAUUCAUUUUUCUUCAUAAUGUCAUCCAUUUAAAAAUCUCUUCUCUCUUAAAUAAAACAAAAAUUAUCCUAAA